AUGGCUGCCUCCAUCGCCAGUUCGGACUCUGGCAACUCCAGCGACUCAGCCACAAGCAGCAUCCACAGCGAGCGCAAAGAAGUAAACCAAAAUGGAUCUAGAAAGCGCCGUAGACUCUCACCCACCGGAUCAGAAGACUCGGACUCGGAGCUGGAACCUCAACAGCAGCAAAAGGUUGUUCCUCCCAUGGCCACUGCAUCUCGCAUUCAACCAUCCAUUUCGCGCAUCAAGGCCAANGCCAACAACAUCUUCAACAACCACCAAUUCUACCCCACAGAAACUAUCACCGCAGCCCAGAAAGGCAAUGAAAAGUCUACGUUUGCGGAUCUGAAUGUUUCGCCUUGGUUGGUAUCUUCACUCGCCAACAUGGCCAUCAAAAACCCCACACGCAUUCAAUCAGCAGCAAUCCCCGAGAUCCUUUCCGGACGCGACUGUAUCGGUGGCAGUAGGACAGGUUCAGGAAAAACCGUUGCCUUUGCAGUGCCCAUCCUACAACAAUGGGCCAAAGACCCCUUUGGCAUUUUCGGUCUCGUGCUCACGCCAACCCGCGAACUGGCACUGCAGAUUUUCGAACAGUUCAAGGCUAUUGGUGCGGUACAGAAUCUCAAGGUUUGUUUGGUGACUGGAGGCGCGGAUAUGAGGGCGCAAGCUAUUGAGUUGGCGAGGAGGCCGCAUGUGGUUAUUGCCACGCCGGGAAGGCUUGCGGAUCACAUCAAUAGCAGUGGUGAAGAGAGUAUUGCUGGAUUACGACGAGUCAAGUUUGUGGUUCUGGAUGAGGCGGAUAGAUUGUUGGCGGCUGGCAANGGGAGUAUGUUGCCUGAUUUGGGGGUUUGCAUGGAGGUAUUGCCCGAGAGUGGGAAGAGACAGACUUGUCUGUUUACCGCAACUGUCACGGCAGAAGUCAGAGCAUUGCAGGAUAGACCCCGNGCCAAAGGCAAACCUCCUGUGGCCGUGUGUGAGGUUGAUCUAGACACCCUCGCCAUCCCAGACACCCUGCACCAAACCUACUGUCUCGUCAACGUCGUGCACAAGGAAAAAUACCUCCACGUCCUCCUCCUCACCGAGGCAAACCUNCAAAAACCAACAAUCAUCUUCGUCAACCGCACCUCCACCGCAAACCUCCUCGAACACAUGUUACGUUCCCUCGACCACCGCGUCACUUCUCUGCAUUCAGGUCUCCAGCAAUCCGACCGCACGAACAAUCUCGCUCGCUUCCGCGCAAAUGCCGCUCGCAUUCUCGUCUGCACUGACAUUGCCGCCAGAGGACUGGACAUCCCCUCCGUUGCGCUAGUCGUAAACUACGAUCUNCCCCGCGAUCCAGAUGACUAUGUGCAUAGGGUUGGUAGAACGGCGAGAGCNGGGAGACAAGGUACGAGUGUCAGUUUGGUGGGCCAGAGGGAUGUAGGAUUGGUUCAGGCGAUUGAGGAGAGGGUGGGACGUCAGAUGGAGGAGUAUGUAGAGGAAGGUGUUAAUGUGGAGAGUAGGGUUGUGAGAGAUGCAUUGAAUGUUGUUGGCGAUAAGAAGAGGGAGGCGCUUUUGGCAAUCGAGGAAGGUAGAGAUGUCAAAGGCAAGAGAAGAAAGCAGGGGAGAAGUGCUGGCAAGUAG